GGCGGCACAACAAUAAUACGGAAGUGGCUGAGAUUUUGGAAAGUCGGCUCUAAAAAGCGGCUAAAAUGAAAGUUUUAGUCGUAUUUGUGUAUUUAUUUGGCUUUUGUUGCUCGUCUGGACAAGCAGCGAAGAACGCGACAAUUCAGACGUUUGUUAUUCCUCACAGUCACAUGGACGUAGGAUGGGUUUACACUGUGCAGGAGAGUAUGCAUGCCUACGCAGCCAACGUGUACAACAGUGUAACGGAGGAACUGUCGAAGGAUAAGGGGCGCAGGUUCAUCUCUGUGGAGCAGGAGUUCUUCAGACUGUGGUGGGAUCAUGUGGCCUCAGACUGGCAUAAGAAACAACUUCGACAGCUGGUCAAAGAGGGUCGACUGGAGUUCGUCAUCGGGGGUCAGGUGAUGCACGACGAAGCUGUGACUGACCUGAACGACGACAUCCUGCAGAUGACGGAGGGACACGGGUUCCUGUACCAGACCUUCGGGGUCCGGCCCCGGUUCUCCUGGCACGUGGACCCGUUCGGCGCCUCCGCCACCACGCCGGUCCUGUUCGCUCUGGCCGGGUUCGACGCCCACGUCGUCUCACGCAUCGACUACGACCUGAAAGACGCCAUGCAGAAGAACAAGAAUCUGCAGUUUGUCUGGAGCGGUUCACCUUCACUGAAACAGCAGCAGAUCUUCACCCACGUCAUGGACCAGUUCAGCUACUGCACCCCGUCCCAGCUGCCCUUCUCCAACAGUUCUGGUUUUUACUGGAACGGGGUCGCCCUGUUCCCAGACCCCCCUAAAGAUGGAGUCUACCCCAACAUGAGCCUGCCCGUUACCAAGGAGACGGUCCACGCCUACGCCCAGACCAUGGUGGACAACAUCAAGCAGAGGGCGGCGUGGUUUCGCACCAACCAUGUGCUCUGGCCGUGGGGCUGCGACAAACAGUUCUACAACUCGUCGGUCCAGUUCAGGAACAUGGACCCGUUAAUGAACUACAUUAACCAGAACAGUGCAGAGCUGGGGGUGACGGUGCAGUACGCCACCCUCAGUCAGUACUUCCAGGCCGUCCACCAAUCAGAUCUGCUGUGGGACGUCCGCGGGAACCAGGACUUCCUGCCUUAUUCCACAGAGUCGUACCAGGCGUGGACGGGCUUCUACGCCUCCAGAAACGUCCUGAAAGGCGUGGCGCGACGGGCCAGUUCGCAGCUUCACGCGGCUGAGACCCUGUUUGCCCGGUACCGGAUCAGCUUCCCUGACGGACCGGUGGCUAAAGACUGGGCCCUGGACAAGCUGAAGGCGCUACGAUGGGCCGUCUCUGAGGUGCAACAUCAUGACGGUAUCACAGGUACUGAGUCUCCUAAAGUGGCUGAAAUGUACAUGGACCACCUGACCCAGGCCAUGAUGGGGGUGGAUGAACUUCUAGCUGCACUUUUCCUGCUUCCACACAACCUGGACAUCCACAGCGCCACCUACCGCAGCCACCACCACACAGCAGGCGUGGACGAGGAUCUGGAGCAGCACGUCAUCGUCUACAACCCCUUAGCCUGGAACGUCACCUCCAUCAUCAACGUCACCGUGGCGAUCGCCAUGGCAACGGUGUAUGACGACGACGGGCAGCCCGUCCCUUCACAGAUCCAGAGGUCGGCCCAGUCCAACCUGACCUUUGACCUUUUCAUGGUGGCAGAGCUGGGGGGCCUCCAGCACAGGAAGUAUGUCAUAAAGUUCACGGGGAAGGCGGGGUCUGCGACGGCUGACGGCGGCUGGACAUACGAAGCCGAAGGGGUCCGGUUCGACAGACGACGCACCCGGGACCGGACCAGGACCGGGAGGAGGCUUCUGCCGGUCCUGAACGAGUGCUACAAGAUCAUGUUGGACCAGGACACCAACCUCCUGCACAGCAUCACAUACCUUCCAGACAAACGCAGAGUGAGGAUAACGCAGGAUUUCUGGCAGUACCACGCCAACGGAGACGUCAAAGCCGGACCCAUAUCUGAUAAUUACAUGUUCAGCCCCAACGGUUCGGCUGUGAAAGCCUACGAGGCCGUGGAGAUGGAGAUCAUCCCCGGGAAAAUCAUAACGGAGAUCAGACAGUACUUCUACAGAUCGGAGGGCGAUAAGGACUACGCCUACUCCAUCAUCACCCGUGUCCCAGAAUGCUAUGGGAGCAGGGUUGGGUGCCACAGACUGGAGCAGACGUAUUCUGUGGGUCCGCUGGACGUCAACACCGAGGUGGUCCUCAGAACCAGAACCUCCCUGACCAACAACCGGACCCUGUACAGCGACGACAACGGAUACCAGAUGAUGAAGAGGCCGUUCAGGACGUUCAGGAAUAACACUGUGGCCAGAAACUAUUUCCCGAUGGUCCGUGCUGCGUUCAUCCAGGACGACCUCAGCAGGUUGGUGGUGGUCAGUGACCGCGCCCACGGCGUGUCCAGCCAAUCCAACGGACAACUAGAGGUGAUGCUGCAUCGCCGUCUGUGGAACAACCUUCCGUGGAACCUCGGAUACAACCUGACGCUCAACGACAGCUCGGUGGCCACGCCCACUCUGUGGAUGAUGCUGGGCUCCGUGGAAACCGCCUCCAGGCUCCACCACCGGGAGGCGGUGGAGAUGCAGCACCGGCCCGUCGUCAUGGCAAUCGACCAACCACAGAAGCCGUGGAACUUGGAGCCCAGAGGCGCCGGCCCGGUUCCGUCCGUGGUUCUGCCUCCAAACCUCCACCUGCUCAGCCUCAGCAUCCCCGGGUGGAACUACAGCUCCGACCACGAGCGCCACCUCCGACGCCUGGACGCAGGGGAGGAUUUACGCUCCGAGGUGAACUACAACCGGGUUCUGCUGAGAAUCCUGCAUCUGUUUGAGGACGGAGAAGAUCCAGAACUGUCCAAACCAGUCACCAUCGACAUGAAGGAGGUUCUGCGGGGCUUUGGGGAGGUGACAUCAGUGGAGGAGCGUUCCCUGACGGGGACCUGGGCCCUGGACCGUCUGCAGAGGUGGACGUGGAACACCACCCAGACCAGAACCGAGCGGAGGAGGUGUCGGACCCGUGGAACCCGGACCUUCAGCGUCACCGUCUGGCCCAAGCAGAUCAGGACGUUCUUCGUCCAUUUCUGAACCCGACCGUCGAUGUCUUCUGUGAAGAUGCUAGUCUUAAACCUAGUCUAAUGCUGCCUUCAGGGGCUGUCGGGAAGAUGAGCCUUUCCACUUGUGAAUUCAGAAUUACCAG